AUGUCGUGCUCGCCUAUGCCACAGCGCACAGCUGUCGCCGAGCUGCUGCUCGUAUCGCCAAUAGCACUCAACCGGCUUGACCUCUCCUCGUCGAGAAGACGCCGAAUCACGCCCACAGCCGAAGCAACGUCCCCAAGGAGAGUCGCAAUCAUCACCAGGCCCGGGGUCAUAACCCCUUCGCUCAACAGCAUAGAUCGCUCCAGGUUCCCGCAUCCGCUUGGAUGGUCCAGUCGGGCCGAGGUGGCUCAUAUCGACCAGCGGGUAUCUCUUUACAAAGCCACCACCGUCCCCAACUCGCUACACCAAAACAUGGCAACACAUGACCCCCAAGAACCACCGCCGGCGCGGCACCUCAUUUUUUCCUUUGACCUACGGGAAAAGUUCGACCCCUCGAGUGAUCCCGAAAAGCGAGACAUUCUCUGGAACAUAUUUCCCGGAACCAUUGGCAUUGGUAGCGACGGGUGGUUCGUGUACCUUCAACUACGCACGCUACCGCCGAAACCGUGGCCACUUACCGUCGCCGGAGUUCCACUUUACCUCCACCUAAAGCUCGGCCAAAAUCCCCUACCACCAGCAAGGCCUGUCUCUUGGAAGAAUGGCUCCAUCGCUGAAGACCAAGAUGGGAAGUAUAUGAAGGAUUGGAAGCCGCUCUUCCUUGCCAUCAAGGACCAUUUCCAGGACCUCCGCAUCCCCAUUACAGAGGUCAUGUAUCUUGGCAACGUGGUGGUCAUUGUCUUGAAGCACCGCGAUACUGAUACCGACACACUGCCGUGCCGCGCAGCGAAGAUCGGCUGUAACUACUUGUUCGAGGAUGAAAUGGGGAGACCGUCGGCACUGCACGCAAGCCGUCUUACUGAUCCUGCUCCUGGGAAUCCGGACGUCAGCCAAUACGACACUCUGCAGCCAGGUUUGAGGGUGGCAUCUUCCUACCUGCCAAGCAGCUCCGCCACAUUUAUGUCGACGACAACUGGCGUUCUUCUGAGGGACGGAGUUGGCAAUGAAUUCAUGACUGUGGCCGCCCAUGGCUUCCCCAGCCAAUGUGGGACGCAAGUUUUUCAUGCGUUCCCGGGUAUCGGCCGCGACGUUGGCGAGCUCGUUAUGGAAGUUUCUCACACAGACAUCGCCCUGGUUAAGUUGAAAGACACGGAAAAAUUCUCCAACAUCACCUUUGAGAGCGAUAGAAUCCCAGAGCCUAUCCAGCUCAAGCAAUUGGCUCCGACUGCCAGCUGUCCACGCUUCAGUCUUGUAUGCCUCGAUUCACCCGAUACAGGCUUCAUCGAGGGCCAAUUCAUGUGGAGCUCGUUCCAGGCAAUCCCUAGUGACGACGAAUCAGCAGAACAGGACUGGGUCUUUACGACCUGGAGCUACAUGGGCCAAGACGCAGCAAUGAAAUUUCCUGAAGAGAUGUGCGGUAGUUCUAUUUGGAGCGAGGACGGGAAUGUCUUGGGCUUUUUCAGAUACGCUCCAAAGGAAGGGUUGAUGAAGGAUUGGUGCGUGGGACUUGCCGCUGAUGAGCUCAUCAACCGAGGCUAUACGCUGGUCAAUACGAGGGAUAGAACAUAA